AAUUUGAACUUUAGCAGAGGUCAGAGGAAGAGAAAUCAUAGUAUAAGAGAGGAAGAGGAGGAAGGAAAGAGAGAGGGAAAAAAAAAAUGGGGAGGAGUCCAUGUUGCUCCAAGGAAGGACUUAACAGAGGAGCCUGGACUGCCUUGGAAGACAAAAUUCUCACUUCUUAUAUCAAGGCACAUGGAGAAGGCAAAUGGAGAAACCUCCCAAAAAGAGCUGGUACUCAAUUUCCCUUUAUCUUCUUCCCCUGUUUUCCUCUGUUUCCCCUGUUUCUUGAACAUACCCCUUCAGGUUUGAAGAGAUGCGGGAAGAGUUGCAGACUCAGAUGGCUGAAUUAUCUUCGACCAGAUAUCAAAAGAGGCAACAUAUCGCACGACGAGGAAGAACUCAUAAUUAGACUCCAUAAUCUUCUUGGCAACAGAUGGUCUUUAAUAGCUGGAAGGCUACCUGGGCGAACAGACAAUGAAAUCAAGAAUUACUGGAACACCAACCUAGGGAAAAAGGCUAGAGCUCAGACGCAGACUCAGUCAUCCUCUCCGGACAAUUCUGGACUCAAGAAGAUUUCCAGUGAACCCCAGACCACGGAGCCAUCCAACUCACAACCGACCUUAGAAACCAAGGCCAUCCGGACCAAGGCCACCAGAUGCACCAAGCUCCUGUACCCAUUGCUGCAACGUAGUGAAGAGGUAGAACCUAACCAUACCUUGACCCCUCAAGACCAACCUGAGCUCCAAGACGAGUGGAAUCAAAAUGAAGUGCUGGAUGUGAUUUCCAGGCAGAAGGCGGAUUUCUUGACUUUUGGAAGCAAUGAUCAUGUUCAGACAAGCAUUACUGGAGAAGAACAGUACUGUCUGCAACCAUUUGAAAUAGAGGAGAUGUUCGUGGAUUGGACAAAAAAUCCUUGUCCAGAGGAGGACAACAAUGCCACCUUGGGUCUAGAUUCACUUGAAUUUUUCCUCAACGAUGAAGAUUGGCCGUCACAAGAAAUUCCCUGCUUUACAGGCAAUGAAAAUUAACAGUAAAACCAUAUGUGUGAAUAUAUAUAUAUAUAUAUAUUAAUAAUAUAUGAAAAAAAGCCAUGUAUCUUUUUUAUCAUAGAUAUUAUUACUAUGUCAUGAUCAUGAAUCAGCAUAUUGGAUGCAACUUUAUGAGAUUAAAAGAUGGUUUCUGGUUAACUGCAGGCUGCGCUAAAAAGGGCAUU